CUGUGAACCCAGUGAUUUAUCUCUUUUCUUUCCCUCGGUGCACAUUAAAAUGAGUUUGCCGGCGCUGCUGCUGCCUCCAGCUGAAUGCGUGUGCUUCUUGGCUCCCCGCACACUGCUCUCUGCAGAUGCCGUGUGCUUUGGCAGCCAGGCCAGUCUGGGCUGCAGGAUAUUACGCCUGGCAGGGACACAAACCCCUCCAGUUCCUGGAAUUCGGAUUGUCUCGCAGAGUGCUGAUUAAGCAGCACUUUCUCUCUGCACCCAGGGCAAACCCCCCGUUGUCCCCAAGCAGGGCUGCUAGCGGCUCUGCUCCUGCACGGCAGCAGGAGUGCAGCAGGUCCACCUCCCCAGGCCAUCAAAUCAAUGCACAUCAAAUCAGAGAAACAAGAGCUGUUUCCUCAAAUGCACAGCUUUGCAGCCCAUGGCACUGGAUGAGCAUUCACUAUGCAAGGCUCUGUCUUCUGUGAAGUAAUAAAUCACUGAGAAAGCCUCUGCGUGAAGCAGCUGUGAUGCCCUUCCUAGGCUGGCUGCCAUGUCAGAUGUGGAGGCUGGCUCCACAGGAUGCAGGUUGGAACACACCUCCAGCACAUAUCUCCCACUACCCUCAAGAGCUGCUCUACAGGAGAGCGAAUUCCACAAAAGCUUGAGCACGGGCAAAAAUGUGCACAGGGGAAUAUUCCAGUAGAGCCCUAGAGCAGGGAGAGGCUGCACUGGUACGCACACCUCUGCUAUUCCCACUCCACGUGUGGGUGUGGUGCUCCUCGAGCUCCCAUGUCCCUUGGGUUGCAGUGUGGUUUGCUGGGGAUGCUCAGCCUGUGCCAGGCUUCUUGGCUUGCUGCUCUACCACUGUGAUUCUCGGCAGGUGUGCACCUGUGUUGGGAAGGCUUAGAGCAUCCCCCGUUGCAGGGAUCCAGUGUUGCUGUGAACAAGCACAGCAGCCACCGAACUAUGGUCCCAGAUGCAUCUUUUUCUCAUCCUUUUCUUCUGCCUGAGCUGCAUCUUCCCCCGGCACACAGUGGUCUCAGUGCUGGCAGGGACUGCAGCAGCCCCAGGGUCGCUCCCAUAUAGCAGUGGGGUGAGGAGUCACAUUGGCAACCAGCAAUCACUCCGCCAGCCUUUGGGAGCAAUGCUAGGGAUGCUAUGGGAAAACACACCUGCUGCUGCAGGAUGGGCUGUGCAGGACAGCGGCCAGCGGGGACACGUGCGCCCCAGUGACAGGGUCACCAGCAUCUCACCCCAGGAAGGCACACAUCUGUCACCAGCGUGCACAACACCAGGGUCCCCCUGGUCCCCCCCUCUGCUGGGGAAAAACCCCUCUGUGCCUGAAGGGUUUCCUGUCCACAGCUCCCCAUCCACACCCAAUGGGGGAUAUGAGCAGGGGGACACAUCCCAGGGAACAUUUCCUUGUAGAUAUCUUAUUUUAAAAAGAGCAACAAACAACAACCACCACUGAAGCAAGCAGCUUUCCUGCCUGCCUGUGCACCAAGCAUUGCUCUGCUGGCUUCUCUCUCCAGCAGCGCGUGGGGCUCAGCAGCGGCUGCGUGUGCAAGAGGCGUGCACCGAGAGCCGGCUAUAAACCGCCCGGCAGAGCUCUCCCCAAACCUCAGCACAUUCCCGGGGGGACGAGUUAGGAUGCAGCUUCUGCGUCACGCUGCCACGGGCUGCCCGCCUCGGCGGGGUUAAAUCUCUCGCACACGUGUCCGGCGCAGGUUGUUUGCAAAGAUUGGUGCCGGGCUCGGCUGCGCUCGGCUCCGUGCUCCAGCACCGCACUCCGGGAGCAGGGACAGGAGAUCCACGCUGCAAUGCCGCUGCUGCACUUGCACCUCUGCUUCACCAGCGUGCUCUGCUGGCUGGCCCACGAGUCCAGCUCCUUGGUGCUGCCCAAUGCCACCGAGCUCCUGUCCCCUCCUAGCAGCACAAGGAUGGGUCCAGCUCCAGGUGCAGGGAUGCCGCGGAGCCGCCGCCGCCGGUACCUGUCCCCCCGCGACAUGAGUGCCAUCCUGGACUACCACAACCAGGUGCGGGCGCAGGUGUCCCCCCCCGCUGCCAACAUGGAGUACAUGGUGUGGGAUGAGCGGCUGGCCAGGGCGGCGGAGGCAUGGGCUGCACGGUGCGUGUGGGACCACGGCCCCCCCCAGCUGAUGAAGUAUGUGGGGCAGAACCUCUCCAUCCACUCGGGCAGGUACCGCUCCGUGGUGGACAUGGUGAGGUCGUGGCACCACGAGCAGCAGCACUACUCCUUCCCGCACCCCCGCGAGUGCAACCCCCGCUGUCCCUCCAAGUGCAGCGGCUCUGUCUGCAGCCACUACACCCAGGGGCAAUUGGAUCGGGGAAGCGCCGUACAAGAUAGGGAGGCCGUGCUCAGCCUGCCCGCCCACCUACGGAGGAGUCUGCUCCAACAACAUGUGCUUCACAGGACUCAAAUCCAACCAAGUGAGCUGGUUUUAGGGCAGCGGCAGCGCUCCACGUCCCCUCACUACACCCCAUGGGGACGGGGGCAGCAGGAUUAUUUAUGGCACCACGACGCUUUUGUCCCCCGGCCCUCCCCGUGCUGCUUUAGGCUUUAGGCAGGACGCAGAGCCUGCUUUGGCCCCAGUGCUGCCACUCUGGGGGCUCUUUUUGGACACCCCCUGGGACCGCUACCAUCUCCAGUUGCUUCACACCUGGGGAGCACUGGGGGUGCUGGGGGCACAUGGGGCUGGUGGGGCCCUGCUGCGCAGGGCUGAGUGGGAGCUGUGCAGUGACCAAACUGUCCCUUUGGGACGAGCGACUGGAACUCAGUGUGCCACCUCUGCAUGUGCCCCCCCCAGAUGUGCCCCCCCACCCAAUAAAGCACUCUGGAGACCCAAGUGCUCAUGUCUGUCCUUCCUUGCUAAGCCCUUGUAACGUGGAGCCACGUGCUGUGUUCUGGGGUAACCCCAAAUAGCAGAAGGGUGCAGGAGCCCUCAGCAGGGCUGUGAGCGUGCGAGAUGCUGAGCGCUUUGCUCCAUCGUGUGGGAGAAGCC